AUGGGCAAAAAGUAUGCCCAACCGUUAGAGAAAGUCUUGCCCCAUACCAAGUAUAAGGUCAAAAUAUAUCGACGACAUGAACGAGAUCUUGUCGAAAGCCUUCUGACUGAUCCACGAUUGAAGGAUGAGGAUUGGCUUUUCUUCGAUAACGAGAACGUUGAACCAGAUCCUUUUGCUCCACCCCCCAACGAUUUGGAGCAAAUUGGGGAUCUCAAUAAAGGAUUAGCAUAUCGUGAGCAGUACAAGAAGCUGAUCACAAAACCUGACAAGCAAAUUUUGGUGCCCUUACCUCUUUACUUUGAUGGGGCUGUAACAGAGCAGUUUGACAAGCUCCAAAUUACCGCAUUGAAAAUAUCCCUGGGCAUCCUGAACCUUAGGGCCAGGGACAAAGAAUAUUCAUGGAGGGCCCUCGUAUUGGUGAGCAAUUACACCAAAGAAGAUUCAAGAGGACAAGAGUUUAUCUCUCUCUUUUUU